AUGAUCAAAGGUCAGCGAUUUGAGCUCGAUUUGGGCUCGGACGACGAGGAACCAGUAGCGAAACAGACGGCACUGCCAGGUGCUUUUGUGGCGGAUGUGCUGGAGCGACAGCCUGGCUCUGCGAAGCCUCCGAGCGCGCCGACACUAAAGAGCAAAACUGGAUUUCCUGAACAUAAGAAGAGGACUGCGCAAAGCAGAUUCAAGACUCGCAAUGACGUCGGGCCAAAGACUGCUGACAGCGCAAGACCAGACGUAUCUCGACCUCAAGCCCAAAUCGCACCCCAGCAUUCAAGUAGCAAUGGCGGACCAAAGUCGUGGAUGGAGCAGGAAAAGCGCCGCAUCGACGACGAGAACAAUGCCAAGCUUGCAGCGAUGUCUCCUACAGAACUCGAUGAGGAGCGACAAGAACUGAUGAGCAGUCUAAGUCCGGCAUUGAUCGAGCGGCUACUAAAGCGAUCCAACAUCAGCAGCGGAAGCAACGAAACCGAUCUUUCUGCUGAGCCUGUUGCGGUACCUGAGCCCAGAGAUGCCCACAAGGUGUCCUCGCGUAGAACAGUGACUUUCGCAGAAGACGAUGCCGAUCCGUCGACUGCAGAAGAAGUGGACGACGGUCAUACAGAAGUAUCCGCCCCUGAGCAUUUGCCACACGACAGCGUACACUUCCCACGACCACCACAACCACCAGAGCUAGAUCCUUCAUCCGCCACAUUCUUCAAGGACCUACACGAGAAGUACUUCCCUUCUCUGCCAUCCGAUCCAGAUAAAUUAGAGUGGAUGCAAUCUUCGGCUUCAAACAACAAAUCGUACGACCCAACAUCUACUACUUUCAGUGCCAAGAACAUCCGUUUCUCCUUCACAGGUGAACUGCUGGCACCAACCACUGCUGCCGCGAUUCCAGUGACCGCUGGACUGCACCACCAUGGCGACGCACCGGAUGCGGCAGGCUACACCAUCGCCGAGCUAGCACAUCUCUCGCGAUCCAGCUACGCGGCGCAGAGAUGUAUUGCUUUUCAGACACUUGGACGCCUGCUGUAUAGACUUGGUAAGGGCGAGUUCGGCAACCCUGGGGAGCCUGGGGCUGAUUUGACUGGGAUCGAGGAUAGUCUGGGUGAGCUGGCGAGAGGAUUGUGGCAUGAAGUGGAGAAGCAGAAGGUUAUUGAGACGCUGGUUAUGGAGAGUGAAGGGCAGGGUGUUGAUCGUGGACGGCAUGUUAGUGCGAAGGCUUAUGCGACGGAGGCUGUGCAUCUGUGGCAGAAAGGAGGGGGGAGGAGGUGGAAGGCCGCAUGA